AUGAGUCCAGUUAACACGCAAGACUUCUGGCUCUUUGGCUAUGGGAGUCUGAUAUGGAAGCCUCCCCCACACUUUGACCAGCGGAUUCCAGGGUAUAUCAAAGGUUACGUUCGGCGCUUCUGGCAGACGCGUCAACUCACUUUGUUGAGCAAACAUACCAGCGAGGACCAUCGUGGGACCUCUGACGCCCCGGGAAGAGUGGUCACGUUGAUUGAGAGAUCCUUUUGGGAAACGCUUGACGAUCCUCAACGCCAUACAGAAGGAGACGUGGUGUGGGGUGUUGCCUAUCAUAUCAUACCCUCGAAAGUGAAAGAAGUCCAAGAAUACCUGGAUAUUCGCGAAAUAAAUGGGUACAGCAUCCAAUACACUCCUUUCCACCCAGCAGACACUUCGCUUGCAGAUCUUCAUUGCCUGGUCUACAUUGGUAUGCCUGACAAUCCUCAAUUCUUGGGUGCUCUAUCGCCGGAUGAAGUUGCAGAAACGAUCAACACCAGCAUCGGUCCCAGUGGGGAGAACAGAGAAUACCUUCUCCAUCUCGAGCAGGCCCUGGAAGAAUUGAGUCCAAACAGCCACGAUGAACAUGUCACAGACCUUGCCCGACGAGUCCGAGCUCUCACUCCACCUCUUAGAGUUUCGCGCCGCCCGUUUGCACCUGACAACGCCUUGCGAAAAGUCAACAGUACUGAGGAGCAGGAGGAGAUAGAGAAGGAAGUAUGA